AUGUCAGGUGUCGGGCUGAUUGAGAUCGUUUCAGACAGUAUCGCUAUAGUGGACGCCUCGCUCAAGAUCUACGAAGCCAUCGAAGACGCCUCAGGCCCGCCGCGAUGCUUCCACCAUGAAGCUGCACGUCUCCCCGUCGUUCAGGAAUCGAGAGCGGUUUCAACAGAGGAAUACGAAGAGAAUAAAGAACAAUUGCCGAGUGCAGUAUGCAAGACUUCUGCUGCGACAUGCAUCCAUCCCGCCAACAACAUGCAGGUAGUCCGCCCAUCAUGUCUGACAGGCUGCACCAUUGCCCCCAUAUUUGCACACCUGCACCAAUACAGGAGGCCAUCGGUAGCAGACACCUGGAAAAUGCACCUGUGGGCACGUCUAUGCCUGAGAUGCUACAUCAUCGCACCUCUGAUAACGAUUGGCCUGCAGGGAUUAAUAACCGACUUGAAUGGUCCCCUUAAGAUUGAAAGGAACGGAUAUCAUUCGCCAUCGCCAAAACUGAUAAUUCAAACCAAUGAUACGUAUGUCACGAAGCCUUUUGAUCGUCGGGGUUUCGAGAUAGCCAUUAUCUGCGCACUCCCACUUGAAUAUGAUGCAGUUUCUCUCGUCUUUGACGAAUUUUGGGAUGAAGAAGGAGAUAUUUAUCGAAGAGCUGCUGGCGAUGAGAACACUUACACCACUGGCCGUAUCGGCAAAUUUAACGUUGUUCUCGUUCUUCUCUCGUCCGUAGGGAAGAUCAGUGUAGCUAGCGCAGCUGCCAGCGUUCGUUGGAGUUAUCCCUGCCUGCGCCUAGCCCUCCUCGUGGGGAUUUGUGGUGGUGUGCCUCGAGCCCAAAACGGAGAGGAAAUUCUUCUCGGAGAUGUGAUUAUCAGCAACACUAUCGUCCAAUAUGACUUGUUUGUGCAUAAGAGAAUGUUGAAAGAUGAUAUGAGCCCGCCAAAUAAUGAUAUCCGCAAUUUAUUAACGUCUUUCAGCACGCGACGUCACCGAACCCAACUUCAAAAGAGAACAGCCAUUUUUCUUCGUCAGUUACAACUGAAAGCUGCCGAAGUGGAUCAGGAUGGUAUCUAUCAUUAUCCCGGAUCAACCCAUGAUCAGCUUUUCGUGCCAACCCAUCGACAUAAGCACCAUAACCCUCCACAAUGCAUCUGUCAUCAUUGUAAUACCAAGGCCGACGCUGUUUGCGAAAGUGUUCUCAACACACCCUGCAGCGCUCUGGGAUGCGUCGAAGGACGCAACCGGGGCCAACUUAUCGUGCGAAAAAGACUCGAGUCAAAGCGGCGGUUGGAGGAAAGCAACGAUGAGAAGGCACAAGAGCCUGCUCUCUACGUGGGAGCGAUUGCAUCGGGUGAUACAGUAAUGCAAUCCGGCGAGCAUCGGGAUCAGAUCGCAAUGAGACAAGAUGUUAUUGCUUUUGAGAUGGAGGGCGCUGGGGUGUGGGGAGUGAUUCCUUGCAUUGUCGUCAAAGGCGUGAGCGACUAUGCUGAUAGCCACAAAAACAACAUGUGGCAGAACUUCGCUGCUGCGACCGCUGCUGCUGCAUUGAAGGCAAUUCUGGAGAGAUAUAUUCAACCAGACAAGUCCGUAUGAGGGGAUUUCUUUCUUGUUCUUUAUUCGAUAUUAAAAUGUGGUUUGACGCAUUGUUUAGAUUACCUAGCUGUGUAAGCAACUAUAAAAUACAAUAGAAUUGUG